AUGGGUUUGGUUUCGGGGAUGAUGUUGGGCAUUAUGUUCGGGAUCGGGUUGAUGGCGAUUUGGCGCCAUGUAAUGAGAUACCGCAGCACCAAACGUAUCGCCAAGGCAGUUGAUGUCAAACUAAUGGGCAGCCUAAACAGGGAUGAUCUGAAGAAAAUUUGCGGUGAAAAUUUUCCUGAAUGGGUAUCAUUCCCUGUCUAUGAGCAGGUGAAAUGGUUGAACAAACAACUGAAUAAGCUGUGGCCCUUUGUUGCUGAUGCGGCUGAGGCUGUUAUAAGAGAGUCUGUUGAACCUUUGUUAGAAGAAUAUCGCCCUCCCGGGAUUACUUCUUUGAAGUUCAGCAAACUGUCCCUUGGAAAUGUGGCACCAAAGAUUGAAGGCAUUCGUGUCCAGAGCCUUAAAAAGGGUCAAAUUACUAUGGAUGUUGACUUCCGAUGGGGUGGAGAUCCCAGUAUCAUUCUAGCUGUUGAAGCUGCACUAGUUGCUUCUUUACCCAUUCAGUUGAAAGACCUUCAAGUCUUCACAGUUAUUCGUGUUAUCUUCCAACUUGCUGAGGAAAUUCCUUGCAUAUCUGCUGUUGUUGUUGCUUUACUUGCCGAGCCAAAGCCAAGAAUCGAUUAUGUAUUGAAGGCUGUCGGUGGAAGUUUAACCGCCAUUCCUGGACUUUCAGAUAUGAUAGAUGAUACUGUGAAUUCUAUUGUCACGGAUACACUACAAUGGCCCCAUAGGAUUGUUGUUCCAAUUGGCGGUGUACCAGUUGAUACAAGUGAUUUGGAGCUUAAGCCACAGGCGAAGGUUACUAUAACGAUAAUCAGGGCAAGUAACUUAAAGAACAGGGAAGUGAUCGGAAAAUCUGAUCCGUAUGUAGUUGUAUAUAUCCGUUCACUGUUCAAGGUUAAAACAAAAACUAUCGACGACAACCUUAACCCUGUUUGGAAUGAGACAUUUGAGUUGAUUGCAGAAGACAAGGAGACACAAGCUGUUAUCCUUGAGGUGUUUGAUGAAGAUGUUGGGCAAGAUGAGCUAAUGGGUGUUGCAAAAUUACCUCUAAAUGAGCUGGUACCUGAGACUUCCAAACAAAUUGAAUUGAGACUGCUGCCAAAACUUGAUAUGUUUAAAGUCAAAGACAAGAAGGACAGAGGGACCAUUACAAUUAAGGUGUUGUACCACGAAUUCAGCAAGCAAGAGCAGCUAGCUGCCGUGGAGGACGAGAAUAAGACCCUGGAAGCAAGAAAAAAGCUGAGAGAAGAAGGUGCGAUUGGGAGCGCAAGGGAUGCCGUUGAUGGGGCAGCAUCCACUGUUGGUUCAGGCAUCAGUGCAGGAGCGGAGGUUGUGGGGAGUGGCAUCAGUGCGGGCGUUGGAAGUGGGAAGGGAGCAGUGACCAGUGGCCUUAGCAAAGCCGGUAAGUUUGUUGGUAGGACAUUUACUGGGCAUUCCAUUUCCAUCCAUUCUAAGAGCCACCGGCGUGACAAUUCCCCGUCAAUGAACUCUGCUCAUGAAACUGGCGGUGGUGGUAGUGGUGGUAGUGGUGAUGCAAAGCUAGUUUAG